AUGGUUGACGAUUUGGACAAAGCUACUACUAAGGUGGUCGAAGUGGUUUCAGAGGGUCGUAUUUUGAAGCCGGAAGAUGUCUUGGCCAUGAUCGAUGACGUUGAUUAUUAUGCAGAGGCCGAGCUUGUGUCCAAAAUGGUCGAGGAAACCAAGAAGAAGGGUAUGGACUUUGCUGUUCACUGUAUGGCUUCUGGUAUUAAGAUAGAUGCUUCUGGUGAAGGGUCUAACCCUGUUAUUGAAGAGAUAAGGGAUUCCGUUUGGACGGCUAACGUCGACUUUGCUAAACUGACGAAGACGGUUACGUUUAAUCCUUUAAGGAUUAAACUUUAA